AUGGCCCUCAGGGACAAAAUACAGACAGAGAAAGGCCUUGACUGCUUGCUCUUGGGUCAGCAGUAUGCCCAUCUGGGAUUUCCCAAGCACCCAGCAGUCUGUGGAGGAUUUGGGACUUGGGCAAGCCUUGUGCUUUGGAAGCUGUGUUUGCUGGAGCCUGGACAUGAGCUAGUUGAGCUAGUGCUCUUGUCGGUGGUUGUGGUCUGUGUUGGGUCGGUGACAGUUACAUUCAGUUUGGGUGGUCUGGAUGGUGUGUCCCUUCAUACAGAUAUGGGGAAAGGACAGGGUGGCAUGGAAAAGGCUCCUGCUGAGGACUAUGCUGAGAAGGAGAAAGCUGCAGCCAAGGCUCUGGAGGAUGUGAAGGCUAACUUCUACUGUGAACUAUGUGACAAGCAGUACCACAAACACCAGGAAUUUGACAACCACAUCAAUUCUUACGACCAUGCUCACAAGCAGAGACUGAAAGAUUUAAAACAAAGGGAAUUUGCUCGAAAUGUGGCUUCAAAGUCAUGGAAAGAUGAGAAGAAACAGGAAAAAGCACUCAAGCGGCUCCACCAGCUCGCAGAGUUACGGAAGCAGUCAGAAUGCAUGACUGGGAGUGGACCAUUGCUUAAAGCCCCCAGAUUAGUCAUGGAAAAGCAGCAAUCACCAGAUGGCAUUUUCCUGUACAAGGGCGGCAAGUUCACAGCCAGUUCUCCAAGAACUACCACAAGUGAAGGACAAGGUUUCUCCAGCAGCGUACUAGAGAAACAACAGCUUAUCAUAAGCAGGCACCAGUCCCCUACCGAAAGACCCCAUGCGCUUGGAAAUCAAGUCUCACAAGCGCUCCCAGAUAGCACCAAUACUUCUCAAAGGGCAGGAGUGUCUUUCUCAUUCUCUAAAAAAGUCCCUUUGAAGCUCGAGUCCUCAGCAUCAGUCUUCAGUGAGAACUCUGAAGAAGGAAAUGAUUGUAGUGAAUCCCCCAGCCAUAAAACAAAGCAAGCUCUUGAGGGCUGUUGCUCUGGUACACUUUUGGAGGAGGACAUGAAAGCAAGCUUGGAUAAAGGGCUACCUAUUACACAAGCCCAAAAGGAUUUGGAUAACAGUGCAUCAAGUCAUGUAGCUGUAAAACCUAAAAUGCUAAAGGAAAAUGAUAAAAGUAGUGAUAGAGAAUUAGAAGAAAAGGUCAGUGCUCAUCCUUCAUUUUCCAAAGCCAAAAUACAGCUUUCAAAUUUGGAUUUUUCUGGUUCACUUAAAGAAACAGAGCAAGAGAGCAAAUUGAAUGAGUCUGAACAAUUGUUAGAAACUCUCAUUUCACCUUCAUGCCACGCUAGCAAUUUUUGUACACAGCUGAACACCUACAAGAACAGCAAUGCCCACCUGCCUGACCAGUUACCUGAGCUCCCACAACAGCCAGAACCUCAGCUGACAGGCGAAAGCAACAUUAAUGACAGUCCUGGGGUGGUAAAAAGAGAAAGAUCACUGGAGAGUUCAGAAAACACAAAUGGGAAUAUGGAAACACUCCCAAGGGAGACCACAGUUAAAGAUGUUAAGCCCCAGGCAUUGUCUUUCCUCCAUGUAGUGAGCAAAGAUGGCACCACUGCUCUACAGUGGCCCACAGAAUUACUUUUGUUUACAAAAACUGAGCCCUGUAUUUCAUAUGGCUGUAAUCCACUGUAUUUUGACUUCAGACUCUCUUUAAAUCACAGAGAUGGUAAACAUCAUGAAACAAACAAAGCAAGCUGUAAAGAGUACUCUAUAAAUAAGACUGCAGAUGAAAAUGAAGCCUCAGGUUUAAUAAAACACAAGCAAAUGUCAAAUGAACAAGAUAAUCAGUUGUUGAAACCAAAGAAGAUGAAAGGUUCCCUAAAUCCAAGAAAGGUCAAGCAAAAAGCUGAGUCAGACAUAGGGAAAGAAAUGAAUGAAAAUGGUCAAAAAUGCAUUGCAGAUUAUUUAAAUGAAAAUAUACCCAAAGUGCCUGCUUACCUUGAUGUCUCACAAAAGGAUUACGUGACAGAAAAAAGUCUUCAUACAACAACACUGAGAAGACCUUUAAAGCAUCAUUUUCAUAGCUGUGAAAGAAAAAACCAGAACAUUAGAAAUGAAAGCAUUUCCUUUUCUGCUUUUAUGUCUAGGAUUAAAAAGUCUAAAGCUGCAAAAUGUAAUUUUAUUUAUUCUGAGGAAAAACCUGAAAACCAAAAUGACUGCAGAUCCAUUCAAGAUGUGGCCAGCUGCAGCAGUGACGUAAGUGACAGUGGAAAAGACUCUAGUGGAAGUUUCCUUAGUUAUAAAUCCAGUUCAAACAGCAGGUAUUCAGAAAAUGAAAGAUGUGGAAGUUGCAUGGGAUGCUGGAGAUUCCCAUCUCCUCAAAAGUCCUCCUCUGACAGACAUUCCAGCUAUUCUGACACUUCAGUUAGUGGUACGAGUAGCUACAUGAGCUACCUGAGUCCCACAUCGAACAAUCACAGCAGAAACCAUUUGCUUUUUUGUUGUAAAAGAAAAAGCAAGACAGCUGAAAGGCACAAAUGUAAGCACAGAAAGCACAAGUGUAUUUUCACUUCUAAUGAUACAGAUGAGGAUUACCUUUGUUGUAGCAGAACUCACAGAACUAGAAACUGUACACAGAGGGGCACACUUAAAUAUCGAAGAUGUUCAAGACAUAGAGUUUUACAACACAGAGACAGAUCUAAACACAGCAGAUGUAGACACCGGCAUUUUGGCAAAGUGCACAGUGGAAGUAGAAGCUACCAUAGCUCCAAAAGUUGUUCCACCAGAGACUCAGGAAGCAGCGAAAGAUCGUCUAGUAGCAGAAUAUCAAGAGGUAGCAGUUCAGGAUCCUUCUCAAAAGAGACUGACAACUGUGAUGACAAAACAAAAGAUGACGCAGAAAGAGGUUCUAACACUGAAAUGGGAAAAGCUGCAAUUGCACAUUACGACUCUCUGAAUGUGAAUGGUCAGCCAAAAAACUUUGCCACCUGCUCUUCUGAAACCCUGGCAAAAGACAUAUGUGGAAAAAGAAAGUCGCUGACUGCCAAGUUACUUUUAGAAAGAGUGCAGUCCAAGAAAACCCAGGAACAAAUGCACGAUUCAGAGAGAUUUUCAAACACUUGUGGGGUAGAAUUAAGGGAUCACUCGCGAAGUCACUUUGCUCUUCAGUUUUCAUCAUCGGUAGAUGAUAUUGCAAUGUUACCUUUGCCAGAGAAACUGCUAAGUGUAGGUAAAAAUGACACGGGGCAUAAUGAAAUUAGUUCAUUGGAAACCAGUGUGAAGAAAAACAACUUUGAAGCAUCAGAGAUAACUGAUGUUGCUCUUUCAACUGGCACUGAUUAUGAUCAUUGCCUUUUUAAAGACAUCAUUCAAAUAGGAACAGGCUAUCAGAGCCCGAGCAUAAAAAGGAACACGGCAAUAAAGGAACAAUCCAAUCUCUUCAUUAGUGAAGUGCAACCCUUUAUACAAAGCUGUGACCCAGUACCAAAUGAUUUCCCUGGUGCUUUUCCCUCUAAUAGAUAUUCUGUUGUUGCUAAUUCAACAGAGACCAAAGAAGAACUACAUGAUGUAAACAUGGACUCAAACCGGGCAGAAGGCAGUUCAGACUCUCUUUGUGACAAUGCUAUGCAGAAGUAUGAGGACACAGUAAAUGACCUAGAAGUGUACAGCAAAUCCACCUCCCCUCCUUUAACGCAGCAGCCUAUCACAUUUUCACCAGAGGAAGUAGAAAAAUACAGGUUGCUGCAGCUGCAAGCCCAGCAGCAUAUGCAGAAACAACUUCUGGCAAAACACCUGAAAGUUUUGCCUGCCCCAGGACCAGCUGCCUUCUCUGCAACACCAGCAGUUCCUGCCCUCCCUGUUCAGCAGCACGCUGCUGUCACCACCAUCCACCACACACUGCUGCAACGCUUUGCUGUCUCGGCAUCUGUACAUCCCCACGGCAGCCAUCUCUCCCUGGCCCACCUCCAUCCCCUCUCUCAGGCACAUUUUGCCCCCAUACCACUUUCCCCAUUAGCACCAGCCCUCAUUCCCACCCACCCUGCUUUGCUGGCAGGACACCCAUUGCACUUGGUCUCCACCACCCCUCUCCACCCUUCCCCACUGACCUUUCCCACACUGCCACACACUGCGUAUAUCCCAGCCUUAUUUACACCCCACCUGAAUGCAGCCACACCUUCUGCUAUACAUCCAAAUCCCUUUGUUCAUCCAUUUUUCCAAGGGCAAGAGCCCCAUCACCAUUCUUGCUCUAGCCAGACCCAACAGUUACCUACAAUAAAAGAAGUUUUCAGUGUUUCUAGCUAUUUAAACUAG